AUGCCGCGGCCCUCCGAGUCCUGGAUUCUCCCUGGACGUACUUCCCUCGCGUUUUCGCGCACUUUGAACCCUAGGAAUGUGGAAUUUCUAUGGUAUCCCCUGUGGGAUCAGACACUCUCUGAUCUAGUGGCAGAUGUCUCGAAUCUAAUUGUCGCCCCUCAAUUCCCUGUUUGGUUUGUACCAGUAGAUGAUCCCGAGGGUGAAAAUGAUGGUGAUGAUCCUGAGGAGAUACUCGUACAGCCGUUUGAAAAGGAGGACUCGGACUCCGAGUCGGCAGCUUCAGAAAACCAAGACGACCACGAACAGUUUGGAAUUGGGGCGGGGCGACAUCUCUUUCACAUCGACCGUCCCGGAGAAGGAUGCUGCCAGCGUCAUUCAGUGGCUCAGCCACAGCCUGUGCUGAAGGCCCGCUAUGGAGGAUGGAGGAUUACUGCGGCGAGCGUUGGCCUUCUCGUUGAAGUGAAGCGGUUCUGCAGUAGGAGUCUGGCGGGUGACGAGCUGGAAGCGGAGAUUCUUUCGCGGGUUGUAGAAGCUUCCGCUGACCUGGUCAACCAGGCAGCACACGUGUUUCUCCAGGAUCCGAACAGGAAUUCCAUGUUGGCCCUUGCGGCUGCAGGGCCAUACUGGCGCAGCGCCAAAAUUCACCGUACCGAAGUCUAUGGGACCAUGCACAAUCUUGCUACAAAAGACCCAAACUAUCAAGCCCCUGGUGAACACCGCCCUGACCGAGAGCCAAAGUGGAAUUCCAUUAUUCGAGUUGAUCUUGCACGCUCUAGAGACCGGUUACGUACGAUCCACAACAAUUUAGUGAACAUGGGUGUUUUGGGAAUACCUAGUGUACACUCGGAUGCAUUCAGACGCAAACCUGGCAGUACGGCAAAGCUACUGCCAGCACCUCCCGCAAUUUCAACUUGUUUAAAAGUGCUGAGGUGUAGCCCACUGAGUCGUUGGGUAUUUCAAUGCAAGAGGGCGACAACGGGGAAGGGGGGACGAGAAAAGGUGGGAGAUGCACACGAACAGUCAGGCAGGCUGUGGGCACUUCAGGCAGCGGGUACUUUGUGGCGGCGUAAUGGAGGACUGCAGGGCAAGCAGGCGGGCAGCUUUUUGACGCGUGCGCGGGUUUGGCUUUCGAGAACUCAUCGCCGCGGGCACGGACAGUCUCGCGAGGAGUUUAUCGACGUGAACUUUGUCACUACUUCGCUCGCUUGCUUUCCUUUCUGGCGACUACGCGUUUAUGACCGCAAGACUGGGAAUCCUAUAUACUUGAACGUGGAUGACUGGACGGUCAAAUUGCAAAUUGACCCGUCGUGGGUUGAUGCAGCCGCGGCGGAGUUUAAACUCGACACAGUAUCACGACCCUGCUCAACGCCUGCUAGUACCGCUGAAUCUCGAUCGUCUGAUCGUCAAGUUGCGAUCGAACACAAUCAAGGAACAAGUGUUACAACCAAUAAAACCAUUAUUGCAACGUAUGAAACCAGAGAAGCUGCGAAGGGAAAGGAAGAAGCCGCGACCUGCUUAGAGGAGGAAGAAACCGGAAAGGGCGGGGGAAAAGGCUGA